UUUGUUUCAUCCGGAAAGUAUGUUAGCAUUAGUUUUCUUAGCUUAGCAUGUGUGAGCCUGCAGGCUGCUGUGUUGUGGAUUCUCCGCUGAAUAGAGUUGCAGCUGCAGCAGCGAUGUCUUCAGUUCAGUCUCUGAGAGAGUUUAUCAGCGAGCGACUCACUGCUGCUGCUGAAGAAAUCUUCAGACAGUUUGAGAAAACCAUCAUCCAGUAUGAGGAAGAGAUGGAUCGUCAGCGCAGACUGCUGGAUUACAGCUGGAAAAGAAGCACAAACAGAGCAGACCUCCAACAGAAACACACGUGGAAGCAGAAACCGACUGUCGCUGACCAGCAACUCUUUAACCAGGAGAGGAGCUGCAGCCAGAACCAGAAGGAAGCAGAACCUCCACAGGUCCCAGAACAGCAGGAGGAAGAGGAGAUGAGCUGCUUGCUGGAGAACAUCUGGGAACCAGAACUGGAGCUUCACAGAGCAGAUCUCCAGCAGCUUCCUGUUUGUAAGGAGGAGGAGGAGGAGCUUCUUUCUGAGGAGCAUCUCUCUAAGUCUCCACACAUCAAAGAGGAGCAGGAAGAGCUCUACACAGAAGAGGAAGGGGUUCAGCCUGAACUGAAGCCGGAAUCUGAAACCUUUAUAUUCCCGUCAUCCUCUGAGGAAAGAAGCCUUCAUGCAGCAGAACCAACUUCUGAGCAGCUGCUGCUCUCUGAGAGCCGAGAUCCACAGCAAGUCAAGCUGGAAGACUAUGAAUCGACUGAAGCUGCAGAAAGAUGGAGAAGUAGUGUCUGUUGGAACAUAAAUGCAGAAGAGUCUCCUCUGUCAGAGACGGAUGCAGGUGAGAGGUCAGCAUGGAGGAGUCCCAGCAGGAUCGGGUCUCCUCCUUCCACUCUGAGAAGACUCUCAGAUGUUACAGAAAUGCAUAGACAGCCAGGUGAGAAGUCAAACUUCUGUGAGGUGUGCAGGAAAUGUUUCCGAAGCGUUUCCGUCCUGAAGGUCCACAUGAGAAUCCACACGGGCGAAAAGCCGUUUUUCUGCCAAAUCUGCGGAAAGCGAUGCCGUCAGCAGAGUGACCUGGGGCGCCACAUGAUGGCUCACACGGGCGAGAGGCCCUUCCCAUGUCACCUGUGUGAGAGGAGUUUCAUCCAGAGGGGGGAUUUGCUGCGCCACAUGAAGGUGCACACGGACGAGAGGCAGUUCCCCUGCAGGCUCUGCACCAAAACCUUCAGCGAGGACGGCCAGCUGAGCCGGCACAUGAGGAACCACAGCAGGAAAAAGCCCUACUCGUGCAAAGUCUGCAAGAAGAGGUUCAUCAAGAAGACUCACCUGACGGCUCACGCCAGGACGCACACGGGCGAGAAACCCUUUCUGUGCGACACCUGUGGGAGGGGUUUCAUCAACCGCAGCAACUUGACGCGCCACAAGAAAGUCCACACGGGCGAGAAGCCCUUCAUCUGCUCCGUGUGUCUGAAGACGUUCAGCCGCAACGAACACCUGUGGAGCCACAUGAUGCUGCACAAGGGGGAGGAGACUCUGUGCAACCGGUAACACCGAGAUGUGGGCGUGGUCUUCUUCCCUGUUGCUUCUCUUUUACGUCAGAAUAAUAGCAGAGCAGCUUGUGAAGCCAGGCUGAACAUGGUCCUUCUGCGUAUGAGACUCAUGACCGUCGCUGUGAAGAUCUGAAAGCGGCGGUUUCAGGAGCUGCUGCCGUGGCUCCCAGGACCUUCAGGCAGCUGGAAGAAAGUCGCUGGAUUUGUCCUCACGUCCCUUUAUAUUCCUAAAAAUGAGCACUCCAGUGGAAUCACCUGAUGAACCUCCAGGGAAGCAGGAAGGUGUGGUCGUUAAAUUUCACCAAAAUUGUAGGAGAAAUUGGUUUAAUUCUGAUAGUUCUUUGAAAGAUCUGCCAUAGAAAGAUACCAACCAGAACAUCUGGAGUUUUUAACCCUUGUGCUAUCUUAGAUGACCCCACCCUUACAUUGAUGUGUUAUUCCUACCAUGACAAAGGUGGAUAAAGGUGGAAAGAUUUCAUGUAAUCCAUGGACACCAGUGAAGAUCACAAAUCAUUGAAGAAAAAAGGUUCAGAGCACUGUCUAGUGGGUCUAGAUGACCCAACUCCCAAUGUUAACGUGCCUAGGAUAGGACAAGGGUUACGGUUGUAUAGAUGUACUCAAGAAGACAUCCAAAACUUUGAAGGAUUUCAACACUUUUCAUUUCAUGCUUUGGGUUUUAGGAUUGCUACCAAACGUAAAGGUUUCCUGGUUUAUGUUUUAUAUGAAUUUAUGUGAUAAACACAAAUAAAAAUGUUUACAUUCUU